AUGGAAAGAAAAGAAAAGAAAAGAAAAUCAAAAUCAUCACUGCUUUCCUUGUUCAUUUUCAUCAGCCAUCAAACGCCGCCUUCUCAUCUGUAAUUUUAUCUCUCUAACGACGCUUUCCUCCCUUUGUCUCACCCUGUAAAGCUCGAAUUUUUAUUUCUAUCAUCAGCAAGGGAAGAAAACCCAGUCCUUUUUUCAUCAAAAGAAUUCCUUUUUUCCCUGUCUCUCAUAACCCAGAAUUCAUAGGUUUCUUUGAGAGAGGGUGAAGAAAACAGAAAACCCCAAAACAAAAGUAGGGUAUUUUUCGAGCUUUUAAAAGGAUGGGUCAAGCUUUUCGCAAGCUCUUCGAUAGCUUCUUUGGUAACUCAGAGAUGAGGGUUGUGAUGCUUGGCCUUGAUGCAGCUGGAAAAACAACUAUAUUGUACAAGUUGCACAUUGGAGAAGUUUUAUCAACUGUCCCCACUAUUGGUUUUAAUGUGGAGAAAGUUCAAUAUAAGAAUGUGAUGUUCACGGUUUGGGAUGUCGGCGGACAGGAGAAACUAAGGCCGCUUUGGAGGCACUACUUCAAUAAUACUGAUGGAUUGAUCUACGUUGUCGACUCCUUGGACCGAGAGAGGAUCGGGAAAGCUAAACUUGAAUUUCAGAAUAUCAUCAACGAUCCGUUUAUGCUCAACAGUGUCAUCUUGGUGUUCGCCAACAAACAGGACAUGAAAGGAGCAAUGACUCCGAUGGAGGUAUGCGAAGGGUUAGGUCUUUUUGAUCUGAAGAACCGAAAAUGGCACAUACAAGGUACUUGUGCACUUAGAGGAGACGGCCUCUACGAAGGCUUGGACUGGUUAGCCGGAACACUCAAGGAGAUGAAAGCUGCUGGAUAUUCAUCGACAGGCCCGUCAUCGUUCUAAUGAAUACAGGUCGGAAGUGUUUCACUUGCCCAUGCCGCAAAAACGGAGCCUCGAAAACGAGAACAUAAAUCUUAAUGGAAUCAUUUUAUGAUCAUCAGAGGGAUUGAAGGUUGGGAAGUUUAGUGUUGUAAUCAAAAGUUCUUUUAUGGUUUGUUUUAGUAUAAAGAUUAUGAAGUUUACUUGGGGUGCUUCCCUAUAGAUAAGUGAAAUUCAUUAGCCUUUUU